CACUCCCAUGGCCACCACCAUAGCCGCCGCACCACCACCAGUCUCCAACCACCAUCCCUUACUCUCCAUGACCGCGUUGCUAUAGUCACCGGCUCCUCCCGUGGAAUCGGUCGAGCCAUCGCUCUCCAUUUGGCUCAACUUGGGGCCAAAAUCGUUGUCAACUACACCUCCAACUCUGCCCAAGCUGAACAAGUAGCCAGCGAGAUCAAUUCUUCUAGUCACGAAAACUCCGCAAGAGCCAUUACCUUUAAAGCCGAUGUCUCCGAUGCUGACCAGGUCAAGUCGUUGUUCGAUUCGGCGGAGCAGGCUUUCGGUUCACCAAUUCAUAUUCUGGUUAAUAGUGCCGGAGUUCUGGAUUCCAAGUAUCCCACAAUUCCCAACACUUCUGUGGAGGAUUUUGAUCGAAUUUUCAGUAUCAACACUAGAGGGGCAUUCUUGUGCUGUAAGGAGGCAUCGUCGCGGCUGAAGCGAGGCGGCGGAGGGCGAAUCAUAUUGCUAUCGUCUUCCAUUGUGGGUGCGCUAAAACCAGGGUUUGGGGCGUACGCUGCAUCGAAGGCUGCUGUGGAGGCAAUGACGAAGAUUCUAGCUAAAGAGCUGAAAGGGAGUGGCAUCACCGUGAAUUUACUUUGUCUGUUCAGCUAGUUUUAUGGAUAUUCGGUGUACCAUUUUGCCAAUGGUAUCCUGGGAGGGAGGCUAUGACCAAGGUUUAUAUCGUGCAUUGGAGUUUAUUAUUAAACCGCAGUAGUUUGGGGGUUGUUAGAAAUUAGAUAUGAGAUGCAUUAUAAUUUGCGAUAAGCUAAUCGUGUUUGUUCUUUAUGAUGAGUAUGCAUCUGAAUUUACAUGA